UGACCGAGCAACGUUAUUCAGUUGAGAGACGCAUCUUGUGCCCGGAAUCAUGUCCACUCCUCCGUACACUUACUUCACCCAGAUAGGCGAUCCCGUGCUGCGCCAAGUGGCCGAGGAAGUUGCUCUAGAAGAGAUUGAUAGCCUUGAGAUCAAUCAGAUCGUGGAGCGUAUGGUUAAGGUGUUACGUCACUAUGAUUGCGUGGGAGUGGCAGCGCCCCAAGUAGGAGUACCGUUGCGCAUUAUCGUCAUGGAGUUCCGCGAGGGCAAAAAGGAUCAAUAUAAGCCGGAGAUUUACGAGGAGCGUAAGAUGGCCACACUCCCUCUGGCGGUCUUUGCUAAUCCCGAGAUGGAGAUAAUAAGCAGCCAGGUAAACAAGCAUCCCGAGGGCUGUAUGAGCGUUCGGGGCUAUUCCGCUCAGGUGGAGCGUUACGAUAAGGUUCGGAUUCGGGGCAUUGGCAAGCUGGGCACUCCCUCCGAGUUGGAGCUUGAGGGAUGGAGCGCGCGUAUAGCCCAGCACGAGAUGGAUCACCUGAAUGGAACUAUUUACGUGGACCGCAUGGAUGUGUCCACCUUCAACUGCGUCAGCUGGGAGCAGAUUAACGCCGCCGAGGGUCGCUCUGCCAUUUGGUUCCACAAGUGAACCCUAAGAGAAUGCAGGUGGAAGUGGGGAAAGGCCUUGCGGCUUUAUCGCUUAAGAAUUUAGUUGAACUUUGAGCUGUGUUUUUAGAUUGCCUGUGGAAUUAACGUAAUAGUUUUGUGUAAAAUUGUUUAUUCUUUAUCUUUGCAAAUAAAUAAAAAUUAUAUAAAUUCUA